CAACGUGCGCUAGCGACUAGCCGACUAGCGACCACCCUCGUCCUCCUCCUUCUGCCCUGUUCUGCCUGAAUCUGGCCAGUCUGCCACGUACAGCUGAACGCCUAACUUUGGACAAGUUGUGAAAGUUAUUGCACUAUCUUACUUGAACGUUUUAGUAUGAAAUAUACUGGUUGUAGAGUAAUAGACGAGGGUUAUCUCAGCAACUGUCAAGUGUGCAACUCUAGCCUUCGUACUGAAUGAGCACGCCGUAAUGACCGAUACUCAACGGUGCGACUACCGAAACACAGCGUAAACGAUCGCCGCACGCUUAAUGCAGCUAGAGGGGUAUAAGUGCUACGACUGUUCAGAAUGUCUAAAGAAAGUGAUGUCCGAAUAUGUGAACGCUGUGACGGUAGCUCGCAGGCUGUUCUAAUGAACGACGCCUUGAAUCCUAGCGAUAGCAUUAAUGGCUGUGACAGCGAGGACGCCGAUGAGGAAUUACAUCGUGUUCUGUUCGAUGUUGGCGUUCCAACACCGGAAGACGAAUACACUACGCUUUUGUCAGAAAUUGCGAGGCAACUAAGUGUUAUUGCUCACAAAGAUGUGCCGGACUACGAGAAGCUGCAGGAGAAAGAACGGGUUCUGGAGUUUGCCGUGCGAACGUUGUCAGCACAAAGUAGAGAAUUGAUAGCUACGGUUUCAGCACUCAAAAAGGAAGCUGACUCGAGAAUGGUGGAGCUAGACAGAUACCUCAGCAAAACUGCUCACGCUACGAAAGACGUGGUUGUGAAUUUGAGCAACUGGGGACAGGAAAUCAAGGACCUUAUUAUAACAAAGUACCAAGCUCAGGACGCACUUAAACAAUCACAUUCCAAGAUGUCACAGCUCAUCACGGAGAACACUGCAUUGAGAGAUCAGAAUGCAAAUCUAUCGCAUGAUAUUCAGUCAUUGCUGAAAAUUAUACAUCAGGCCAGGACAACAGGUAAUUGGGAGAUGGAGUGUGUUACAUUCUGCGAAAUCAUUCCGGAAGAUGUGUACGGCCCAGUCUGUGGCAUGUCAUUCAAACAUUCACACGACUCUUCUGAUUGGGCCGACAUGGUCAAUGGAAGCACAAAGCCAGAAUCACCCCAAUACACGACAUCAGAGAACGGCUCCCUCUCACACUGUUUGCCUAGUGAACCCUGGAUGCAGCCUUCGGAACUCCAUACUUUCUUUGAGGUGCAGAGGUUGGAAAGGAAACUGGUGGAGUGCCAGUUAGAGAUCCUAGAAAAAGACAAGAUUAUUGCAGACUUGGAAGGUCAAAUAACAUCACUGAACUAUGAAGUCACUGUAAAAGAUGCUGAUUGUGAGGAGCAUCUGUCUGACCUUUACUGGUAUCAAGCUAUGUCAAAGGGUACAUUCACUUGCCCAAGAAGUUCAAUGCUCUCGUUGCGGAACUAUAGCACACCCGAUCAGCCAUUGAAGCGUCCCCAUCUUGUUCAUACAUCCACUCAAGCUGACUUCAGCAGUGCACCUAAAGAUCAGCUAUGUUUUACUCCAUAUGCUGAAUCGUGCCCUUCACUUCACACAACCAGAUGGGACGACAGUUUGCACCAUUUCAACCAUUUGCGAAAGCCACGAGUUAAUUGCACUUUGGACAAUGCAGAGCAUACUACAGCUGCUCUCACCAGCUCAACAAGUAAACAUUGCCAACAUACCGUUUGCUGUGCUAGUGCGAACUCCCCCGUAUGUGGAGCUGAACCUUCAAUACGAUCUGAGGCUCUGUCAAGUUGUGCAGCAGAAGCAUGUGUACCCCGUCUGAAGCCAACACAAAAUUCACAUGUACAAUCAAAAGAAAGGCAAACUCUGGAUGCUGCAACUCAGACACAAAAAACAUUUCAGGAACUAUGCGAAUGCUUUCAAACAUCUAUAAUCCAGCAGUGCAAGCCCGCCAACGGUGUUGCCGACUCUGGAACUGCGCAAAGGCUACAAGUAACACUGAAACAGUCGCCACCGCAACUACCGCCACCGACACCCGUUGUUGCUUAUGAAGCGCCUGUUUUGCCCACAGCACCAAAGCUGGAGCCGGAUUCAUUCUCUAAUGCUAUGCAAAACAGUGUGUGCCAUCCCACACAUCAAAAUGCUGGGGAUAGCUGUCAGGCCUGGCCUUCAAAUGGAACGUUGGAGUGCGGCGUUUUGCAAGAUGUGCACGAAGAUGUACCGCAUGGUCCCAGUGGUGGACGUUCAUUCCAAGCCAUGCAGCACCUAUUGAGAACAGAUUCUCAUUCUCAAACUGAGUGUUCAAAUGUUGCCAUGGCUGUACAGACAGACUUUAAGUUGGAGGAAACUGCCAAGGGGGUUAAAAACCAGGAAGUGGAGUCUCUAAAAGAAAGAUUGGCUCAAAUGGAAGAAAGGGUAUCAUCAAAGGACAUACUUCUAUCUCAGCUGCAUACACACCUGGAAACUGCAUGUAAGGAGGUAGAACUAAAAGACAAGGCACUAGAAAAUGUUGAAAGGAAGCUAAAUGUGUCUCGACAGCAGUGUGACACCUUUAAAAAUGAUGUCCUCAUGCUAAAUCACAAAGCUAAAGAGCUAGAGGAAAACCUUAAAGAGGUUGUGAAGCAGAAGCAUGAUAUGGAGGAUGCUAUACAAACUAUGAAGGUUACUGAGCAUAAGCUACAUGAACAGAAGCGUAGCCUUUUAAUACAGCUUGAUUCUGCAGCAGAAGAAUCUGUGAAAUAUAAAGAGGAAGCCCAACUGCUACGAAAAGAACUUGCAUUAAAAGAAAUUGAGGUUAAGCAUCAAUUUAAAACAAUCUCCAACCUCCAGGAAGCACUACUAGACUCCAAAAAUGCUCUGAAAUCUUCUCAGCCGCAGGUGCUUUCUACCAAAAGUGAAGGUUACAGUACAAAUGGCCAGAUACACACCAUUUAAAAGGAACAAGCUUCUCGUGCUUCUCUUCACCUACUGCCUUUUUACUGCUAGGGUAUUUAGCUGUGAUUGUGAAACCUUACUGCCCUAGAACUAUCACGAUGGCUGUAGUUCAGCAUACUUAUUUUGUGUGUGCAUGGCAAAAAUGCACAAAAUGGAAAGUAAUAUAUUUAAUCAGUAUUGAGGUCUAAUAUGCCAGAGCUUAAUAUAAAGAAAUGUCUGAAUGCAUGCUGUGCUUUUAUGUUGUACAUGAGUUAGUUGUACUUUGGUAAGGGUGUUUUUGAAUGCAGGUAUAUGUAUAAUGAUUGCUUCACUGCUGCAUGAAAAUAUAUAAUUUUUGUGGCAAAGCUAGAAACAGUAUCUGCAUCCAUAUAUGUCAAACAUCCCAUUUUAAUUAAUUCACACACUGACCUAGGAAACUUAGCAUUACAUGCAAUCAUUCGCUCUAAAAAUUAUGUAAACAGCUGGUACACAUCUUUUACAAUUUGGCUUUGUUCAGCACCAAGCUAUGAGUUGGCAGGUCCCACUGCACAUUCAUACAUAUCAAAGAGAGAGAAAAAAAAAAGUUAUCCUGUUUUAUAUUGUACAUUUAUAGCAUUGCAUGGCACAGUCCACAGCUGCUUUAUGAGUGCAGAUAACCGAACCGGUAAAAGAAACUAGACAAUGCUUCAGAGUCAACACAUUGUACUUAAAUAUUGUGCAGACACUGACAGCCUCUUCUGCAAUUUUCUUUUUCUUUCUUGUGACAAAUAAGUAAUUCUACCUUGUCUAAUACUUUAGAUAAAGGUUAGAUAAUUAUUGGGUGCAUAUACCUUGCUAGAUACAGGCUGUCUGGCUUAACAAGCCAUUUCGUGCCUUCAAGCCACAUGCGAUAAUUGUAUAAAUGGAAUGUCGUAAUAAACGUUCUCCAACACUUGA